AUGUACCUACUUGACCUUGUCGAGGANNNNAAAUGCGCCCAACGCUAUUGCUGUGCAUGUAAAGCUGGUCUUGGGCUUGGAUUGGUUGGAAUAGAAUUUGCCGGCCGGGGUCGAUAUUAG